AGCAUCCUUCUUGGGGGUCAAGAGGCGUCACACCGGAGGGAAGAGUCGGUACUGGAGAAGUUAACAUACAGAGCGAUGAUCUGGAUGCAAACGAGAUCCAAGUGGGGGCACUGCUGUUACCUCUGAGCAGGUUGCUUUUGAGCCCAGCCUGGACAAUCCAGCUCCGACGAGCCCACACGAGAGGUCAAGGGUUUGGAGAGAGGGCUCUGCUAGUUGCUGCCUGCCACGCUUUGCGAAGAGGGUUUAAGCAAUUUGCAAAUAAUGCUGGAAAUAACCAGAAAGGCAGGGAGGGCGAGAGAGAGAGAGAGAGAGAGAGAGAGCGCGAGAGAGAGAGCGAGAGCGCUUGAUCAGGAGGUGCAAAAACCCAGACUUUGAAAAAAAACAACCCGCAACGCGUCCAAAAUCAGUAUUGCUGUCUGAGUUUCAAAACUAGAGAUAGCAGUCCAGUAGUCAUGUCAGUCAGCGUCCAUGAAAACCGCAAAUCCCGAACAAGCACUGGUUCAAUGAACAUCUUGCUGUUCCACAAAGCCUCCCAUCCAGACUGUGUCCUGUCUCACCUCAACACCAUGAGGAAACACUGCAAGUUCACUGAUGUCACCCUCUGGGCCGGGAAUAAGUCCUUUCCAUGCCACCGGGCUGUGCUUGCUGCUGCCAGCAGGUACUUCGAAGCCAUGUUUAGCAACGGCCUUCGCGAGAGCUUGGGUGACAAGGUGAAUUUUGAUGAUAGCCUGCACCCAGAGGUGUUGGAGCUGCUGUUGGACUAUGCUUACUCCUCCAAGAUCAUAAUCAACGAAGAGAAUGCAGAGUCCCUCCUAGAAGCUGGUGACAUGUUGCAGUUCCAGGACAUCAGGGAUGCAGCUGCUGAGUUCCUUGAGAAGAACCUGCACCCUUCCAACUGUCUGGGCAUGAUGGUCCUUUCAGAUGCUCACCAGUGCAAGAGGCUCUAUGAGCUUUCUUGGAGGAUGUGCUUGGUCAACUUUGAGACAGUCCACAGAAACGAAGAUUUCAAUAACCUCUCCAAGGACACCCUGCUGGACUUGAUUUCCAGUGACGAGCUGGAAAUUGAGGAUGAGGAGAAGGUCUUCAAGGCAGUCAUGCAGUGGGUGAAACAUGACUUGGACAAGAGGAAGUCUUUCCUCCCAGAGAUGUUGAAGCACGUGCGACUGGCCUUGCUGCCUUCCGAGUGCCUGAAGGAAGCCAUGACCUACGAGGAGCUGAUCACGGCGGAAGACCAGAACAAGCAAAUCAUGGAUGAAGCUCUUUGGUGCAAAAAGAAGAUCUUGCAGAAUGAUGGGGUGGUCACCAGCCCCUGUGCCAGGCCUCGGAAGGCUGGGCACACUUUGCUCAUCUUAGGGGGCCAGACGUUUAUGUGUGACAAGGUUUACCAAGUAGACCACAAGGCGAAAGAGAUCAUCCCCAAAGCCGACCUCCCCAGCCCUCGAAAAGAGUUCAGCGCCUGCGCCAUUGGCUGCAAAGUCUACAUCACUGGAGGCAGGGGCUCCGAAAAUGGGGUCUCCAAGGAUGUCUGGGUCUACGACACAGUGAAUGAGGAGUGGUCCAAAGCUGCCCCAAUGCUUAUCGCUCGGUUUGGACAUGGGUCGGCCGAACUGGAAAACUGCCUCUAUGUCGUCGGCGGACACACCGCGGUGGCCGGGGUCUUCCCAGCCUCUCCUUCUGUUUCGCUGAAGCAGGUGGAGAAGUACGACCCUCUCGCCAACAAAUGGACCAUGGUGGCCCCUCUGAGGGACGGCGUCAGCAACGCGGCCGUCGUCAGUGCAAGGCUGAAGCUCUAUGUCUUUGGUGGGACCAGCAUACACCGCGACAUGGUGUCCAAAGUCCAGUGCUACGACCCGGUGGAGAACCGGUGGACCAUCAAAGCCCAGUGCCCCCAGCCCUGGCGCUACACGGCGGGCGCCGUCCUGGGUAGCCAGAUCUUUAUUAUGGGUGGAGACACGGAAUACACAGCGGCCUCCGCCUACCGCUUUGACUGCGAAACGGACCAGUGGACACGGAUUGGGGACAUGACGGCCAAGCGGAUGUCCUGCCACGCUUUGGCCUCUGGGAACAAGCUUUAUGUGGUGGGUGGCUACUUUGGGACCCAGAGGUGCAAGACGCUGGAUUGUUAUGACCCGACUUCGGACACCUGGAACUGCAUUACCACUGUGCCUUACUCUCUCAUCCCAACAGCGUUUGUUAGCACUUGGAAACACUUACCGGCUUGAGGCACACAGUCUGCAGGAGAGAGCUGAGGAGCUUGAGGAGAUAGCGACACUGAAUUUGUAUGCCAGUAGUGAUACUGGAAUCUGCACAAGUGGCUACUGGCUUUGCUGUCUACUGCCUCCCACAGGGCUCAUUCCUCGCUGCCUCAGUGUGGGGAGGGAUGUCAGGCUGCUCCAAGAAGUAACCGGAUGGAUGGAUGGAUGGGGAACCUGAGCAAAUCAUAUUGGUUCGCUCGAAGGUAAAGGGAGCAACGCACUGUGGACAUCCUUCGAUGGCGGCAGCUUUGCCAGCGCCACAUGGCUGCCAUGUUGGCAUCGGCUGGGUUUGGAAGAGAGCCCAGUAAGGGAAGGGACUGAAAAGCCUCAGCAUCUUUCUUCAGACAAAGGAAGCCUUUUGAGGACUUCAGAAACUCGUCUCUCGGCUGCACCACAUGAAUGAAGCACAGGCACCUCUGCAAGGGCUAGAUUUGCGUUGAGUCGUUUUGGAAAAAAGAAGCACGUCUUUCUUUGUACUACUUUGAUGGUUCCCCAGGAGUUCUGACAAUUUUAAUAAAAGCUCUUUGGGAAGCUG